CUCUUUAACGAGGGGGGAGGGGGGGGGGAUCUGUUAUUAGCAAGUCUGGUGUCCGGGACCCUUUUGGAAUAUGAACCAAUAAUUCCUAACCGGAUAGGCUUAUACAAAACGGAACAUCAAACAUCACACAGGAGAAACUUUGAAGCGCUUAAGUGAACGCCUAGAUUAUCUGGAGCAGAAUUCAAAACUAUCAACAUAAUCACGCGGCGAUGAUGUGGAGGGGAGCACAGCGGCCGAUGGGAUCUCAAAGUUGGGACUUUUACGUCAAGAAGUGAGAGAUCCUGAUUGUAGAGCCCAACGGUCUAAAAUCACCAAACCCCUUUUAUCAUUAACUGAAGGGCACCCUAUCUUCAUCAUCCCACAUCCAAAGUCACAAUGACGACCUCAUCAUUACGCCGCCAGGUGAAGAACAUUGUGAACAACUACACAGAUGCAGAGAUCAAGGUCAGGGAGGCGACCUCCAAUGACUCAUGGGGUCCUCCAACCUCGCUCAUGAUGGAAAUAGCAGACCUAACCUUCAAUGUGGUGUCUUUAACCGAGGUCAUGGGAAUAAUCUGGAAGAGACUUAAUGAUCACGGCAAGAACUGGCGGCAUGUGUAUAAGGCCCUCACUCUACUGGAUUAUUUGAUCAAGACGGGAUCAGAGCGAGUGGCCCAGCAGUGCAAGGAGAACAUUUACGCCAUCCAGACUCUGCGUGACUUCCAGUACAUUGACCGGGACGGUCAGGACCAGGGCAUGAACGUGCGGGAAAAGUCCAAGCAACUGGUGUCUCUGCUCAGGGAUGAUGAGCGGCUCAAGCAAGAGAGAUCCCAGGCACAUAAGACCCGUGAGCGCGUGGUGGGAACCAGCAGUGCAACGGGCUAUGGAUCUUUACCACCUCCCUAUCCAGGACGCCGCACCAGUCAGCCCAGCAUGGCAGCACUGUAUGGGGAAGAGUAUGGCAGAUCAAGGGGCUCACCAUCUUCAUUUAACUCCUCCUCUUCCUCCCCUCAUCUGGCCCCUGAUCUGGAGCGUGCCCGGCCACAAACGAGCGGAGAGGAGGAGCUUCAGCUGCAGCUGGCCCUGGCCAUGAGCCGAGAGGAGAGUGAGAAGCCUCCUCCUCCUGCUCCUGUUCUGGAUAUUGAUGAACAGACACAGCUCCAGAUUGCAAUGAGUCUCAGUAAGGAGGAAGCACAAAAGCCAGUGCUCCCUCCUGCCACUGCCCUGGACUUGGAUGAAGAUGCACAGCUCCAACUGGCCCUGAGUCUCAGUAAAGAGGAACAUCAGCAGGAGGAACGGAGUCGCCAGGGAGAUGAGUCGCUGCUUCAGAAAGCUCUUGAGGAGAGCAAACGGAAGGUGGCGGCCAAAGGAGGAUCUGCCAUUUUAGAUCUUGUUGAGAUUUUUGCUCCAGCUCCCGAUCUGCCCUCUAGUGUCCAUCCAUGGGAUUCAUCCGGAGGUCAUAGUGCCAUAGCCCAGGCUGGUCCUCUGAGGUCUGACCCCUGGGAUAGUCUGGUAGAGCCUGGCUCUUCAGGUCAGAGAUCUGGUAGCUCAUGGAUGGCACCACCUGCAUCAAGUAUUCGUUCCCAGCCUUGGUCACAGCGACUGCCGGCUCCUGACCCAUGGGAAGCCCCUCAGAAUACCCCAAGUCCUGUUUCCAGGAAUCAGACCUGGAUGUCCCCUGCUCAUACAGGUCUAGGAACAGGAGUGGAUCCCUUUUCUCCCCCAGUAGUAGACAGACAAGGAUCUAUUGGCCCUCUCAAAACUCCAUCCCCUCGGGCAGGAAGUCCCUCAGAUGAUGAUCUUUUUGAUGAGGCUAUGGAUGGAGGUCAGGCAAAUGUGAAUGACCGUGGUAGUCCAGAGCUUUUCGAUAUGUCUUCCUUUGGCAAAAAUCUACCAAAAUCAGCUCCUCGAACCUGCAGCACCCCAGAGGCAUUCCUAGGCCCCACUGCAGCGUCACUUGUCAACCUGGUUUCCCUAAUACCUUCCAACCCUCCUGCUAAGAACUUCAACCCAUUUCUAUCAGGAGAGAACGCUCCCUCAGUGGCUAAUCCAUUCCAGCAUGAACAACCACGUCUCACUCUUAAUCAGAUGCGUCCCAGUUCCACAUCGCCUGUACCCACAUCCCUCCCAUUCAGUGGCACUCAGUCCAUGCCCGCCAGCAACCAGCCCUCCUCCCUGCCUAGUACCGUCACACAGUCUGUGCAGGCUCAGCUGGAGAUCCAUGGAAACCUGCCCCAACCACUGCUCCCCCUGUCAACCACAUCCACGCUUGGAGAUCCAGACCAACACAAUCAGAAUCCAUUCCUAUAAAAGACCCAAACAAGGCCUGGCACUAUUUACUGGCCUCAAGAUUUUAACCACCAACUUAACUCAACUGGAACUUUUUUAAAUGGCUUGGCUCUUUUGACAACCUCCUGGUUUUGCUCUUUGCAGGCACUCUUAAGGGGCGUUCACACAUACAGUGAUUUGCACCAACAAAGUGACCAUAAGUCAAACAGUUUUCAAACUGGUUUCCCUAACACUCCCCUUGUUUUCCAUUAGUUAACUUUUAGUGGCAAGAAAACUAAUUCCAUGUCAAAUUAGAAUAAGAUCUUAUUUUUUACUGGCUACCCACUUUUCCCUGAAAGUUGAAGUGUUCCACAAUUCAUAACGGAAGCCUGUUUUUGUUUUCCGGUCUCCAGUUUUUUCACUUGCAUCAGCAUAUGUUUUUAGUGGAUAAUGUGAUGUUUAGCAUAUUAAAUGUGCUAAUAGUGCCUAUACUAACAGAGUAGUAAUAAACGUCUUUUCAUAGUGCCACACCAGAGUGGGUAUAUGAUAUGAAGUGAUAGCCUGAGGUUAGUUACAUUGAUACCAACUCAAAGUAGUUAAUGAUAUGACAGCAAACAACUGCACAAGUUGAGCCUGAACUCAUUUUUACUCCAACUAACACUUCAAAUGAUUGUUUUGGUAGUUUUUACAUUGCUUGUUAUGAAUACCAGAGCCAAAAUACAGUACAGGCAAUCAGAAUCAUCAUGGCACCGUCCAGUGGUUGGUAAGGAAAACUGUGGAUACAUCCUAUUUGUGAUCAGAUUUUCAAAAGCUAUGACAGUUGUGCAGCCCACCAAUAACGUUAGGGCAUCCAGCAGCAGGAACAACCUCUACGCCCAUCAAAACAGCCUCUUUGUGACCUCCAACAAUAAAAACGCUCUAUGUGUGAACACCCCUUCCACUGUAAUCACUGCAUGUGUGAACGUCUACUAUGCAUUACAUGGCAAUACAGAUUUAUGCAAGCUUUAUAAGAAACUACAAAUAAAUGGCACAAUUUAAAGGUUGAGAUUUAAAUGUUUAAUCUUACUUCAACUUUAAACACACCUCAUACUUACAGUAUAGUGAGAUUUUUUCCUUUUUUGGGAAGGGAUUUGUUACUCAUACCAUAAAACCCAAUCCAUAACCAAGCACAAGUCCAAAGCCUCUCAUGCAUUUUGGGGAUUGUACUAUUGUUUUUUUUUUGUUUUUUUGUGAUUAAAUUUUAUUUUAAUGUAUGAAUCAAUAAAAAAGAAAAGCAAAACAUA